AUGUCGGAUCCAGUGGUCCUACAAUCUGCGGUCCGUGUGCCCACCCCUCCCCCGGGCGCCGAAUCUCCAACCGCAGCCUCUCGAAAGCGCUCACCUCCUUCUCGGUCGCCCUCGCCCAAUCGCCGUCGGUCGCCACCGGGUGACUCCAACAGCAGAGAAAAUGCCGAUGUGCCUCGGAUGGAUGAUGAUCGGGCAAUUGAAAGAGAGCGACAGCUGGCCGAACGAGUGCGCGAACAUGAAAAGCAGGAGGCUGCUCGCAAGCCCAUGACCGAGGAGGAAAAGCAAGCAUCGGCCAAGGCAGAGUACGAGAAGCUCUUAAAUAUGCGAUCUGGUGGCACAUAUAUUCCGCCAGCACGACUUCGUGCGCUGCAAGCCCAGAUCACCGACAAGACCAGCAAGGAGUACCAGCGCAUGGCCUGGGAGGCACUCAAAAAGUCGAUCAACGGUCUGAUCAACAAAGUCAAUGUCUCCAAUAUCAAAUAUAUCGUCCCCGAACUUUUUGGUGAAAACUUGGUUCGUGGUCGCGGUUUGUUCUGCCGUUCCAUCAUGAAGGCGCAGGCGGCCAGUUUGCCCUUUACGCCCAUCUAUGCAGCCAUGGCUUCCAUUGUCAACACCAAACUACCCCAGGUGGGAGACUUGCUGUUAUCUAGAUUGAUCACACAGUUCCGCAAAGCAUUUAAGCGAAACGACAAGGCCGUCUGCAUCUCCUCCACGACUUUUAUUGCGCACCUUUGCAACAACCAAGUCGCCCACGAAAUGCUUGCGGCUCAAAUCCUCCUACUCCUUCUGCACAAGCCAACGGAUGACAGUGUCGAGAUCGCUGUAGGACUUACCCGCGAAUUCCGCAAUAUCCUCCACGAGGCCGACAUCGACAAGCGUAUUCAAUAUAUGAUUGAGGUGCUUUUCCAAGUGCGCAAGGAUCGAUACAAAGACAACCCAUCCGUCAAGGAGGAACUUGAUUUAGUGGAAGAGGAUGAUCAGAUUACCCAUCGGCUGGGUUUGGAUGACGAAAUGGAGACUCAAGACACCCUCAAUAUCUUCAAAUUCGACCCCGAAUGGGAACAACACGAGGAGGCCUACAAGAAAUUGAAGGGCGAAAUUCUGGGCGAGGAUAGCGAUGAGGAUGGAGAUGAUGACGAUGAUGACGAAGACGAGAGCUCGGAGGAUGAAUCGGACGCGGAGGAACAGAAAAUGGACAUCAAGGACCAGACAAACACAAACCUGGUCAACUUGCGACGAACGAUCUACCUGACUAUCAUGUCGAGUAUCGAUUUCGAAGAAUGCUGUCACAAAUUGAUGAAGAUCAACCUUCCUGCAGGCCUGGAGCCGGAACUCCCGUCAAUGAUCAUCGAGUGUUGCUCUCAGGAACGAACAUACUCCAAGUUUUAUGGACUAAUCGGUGAACGCUUCGCCAAGAUCAAUCGCCUCUGGUCCGAUCUCUUCGAGGCUGCAUUUGCCAACUACUAUGACACUAUCCACCGCUACGAAACAAACCGCCUCCGCAACAUCGCGCGUUUCUUCGGACACAUGAUCAGCAACGAUGCCAUCGGCUGGCACGUUCUAUCCGUAAUUCACAUGAACGAGGAGGAAACCACCUCGAGCAGUCGUAUCUUCAUCAAGAUCCUGUUCCAGGACUUAGGGGAGCAUAUGGGCUUGCCCACCUUGCAGGCCCGUUUCAGAGACGAGAUCCUUCGUCCCAACUUCGAGGGUCUAUUCCCCACAGAGAACCCUCGCCAAACCAGAUUCUCUAUCAACUAUUUCACCAGCAUUGGUAUGGGUGUUUUGACAGAGGACAUGCGCGAGCAUCUCAAGAAUCUCCCCCGACCCACUGUACCGGCCUUGCCAGCAGCUCGCGCCUCACGCUCGCCAUCGGCACGGUCAUACUCCUCUUACAGCGGCUCUUCUCGCUCCCGAUCCCGCUCCUAUUCCUACUCUCGCUCUCCUUCUAGGGAUCGCGGCCGUUCUUACACCCGCUCCGUUUCUUCGCGAGGCCGCAGCUACACUCCAUCUCGCUCGCGCUCGCGCUCAGGAUCUCCUCCUCGCCGUGCCAGACGUGCUACACACAGUCGAUCGCCAUCCGAUGGAUCCCGCUCCCGCUCCCGCUCCCGUUCACGAACUCCGGCUAAACGGUCCCGAGGCCGUUCUUACGAUUCACGUUCCCCCAGUCGAAGCCGGUCUCGGUCUAUCACCCCACCCCGUCGCGGACAGGCUUCCGGCAGCCGACGGAGUCGCAGUUAUUCGAGAUCUCUGUCUCGUUCUGUGACACCUCCCCGCCGGGGACGUACCACGAAGGAUGCGCACUCACCUUCUCCUCCGCCGCGCCGGAGACGUAACUCGUCAUCUGUCUCCGGCAGUCCUCCCAGGCGACGAGACGAUUCGCGAGGUAGAAGUCUAUCACGAACGCCGCCUCGCCGUUGA